UCAGCUGAUGAGGGCUCGGCCGGCCACAGCUCCCUGCCUUUACCUGCCUUACACUUUCCUGUCCCAAAUCCACGCAUAAGGAAGCAAGGAGCGGCGCUGGUGGUGGGUGCAGCUCAACCUGUUUUUUGGAACUCCAUUUUCACUGUCUCUCUCUUUCACUCUCCAGACUGCAAGGGGGACGAAGGGGGUAUUUGGAGGAGCCACCUGUCCUAUUUUUAGUUUGGGAUAACAACUCAAAAGUGGCCACAUUCUUUGACCUUCUUCCAGGAAUACAACAUGAGUUCAGAUGAGUCAUACAACUUUGUCUUCAAAGUGGUUUUGAUAGGAGAAUCAGGUGUGGGCAAAAGCAACCUCCUGUCUCGCUUCACCAAGAAUGAAUUCAAUCACGACAGUCGCACAACCAUAGGAGUGGAGUUCAGCACCCGCACGGUUCAACUGGACAACUUCACCAUCAAGGCACAGAUAUGGGACACAGCGGGACUGGAGCGGUACCGAGCCAUCACUUCCGCGUAUUACCGAGGAGCAGUGGGCGCCCUUUUAGUCUAUGACAUAAGCAAGCAUCUGACCUAUGAAAGCGCAGAGAGAUGGUUGAAGGAGUUGUACGACCACGCAGACCCGCACAUUGUGGUGAUGUUGGUGGGGAACAAGAGAGAUUUGGAAACUGUCAGGACAGUCCCGACCGAAGAGGCGCGGGAUUUUGCAGAGAAAAAAGGCCUGAUGUUUAUGGAGACCUCAGCGCUGGACUCCACAAAUGUUGAAGAUGCGUUCAAUGAAGUUCUCACAGCCAUCCAUAAGAAGGUAGCCAGCAGAGAAGUGACCCGUGGUUCAAUCAGCGCAGUAACCCUCUCCAACCCGGUGGGAUCAUCAAGUCAAAGUCAAGAGGAGAGGAAGCCGUGCUGCAAGAACUCCUGAUGGACUGAACAACCGCCAAAUGUAACAUAGUGAUGCUUGAGAUUCACCAGUUCAAUGUCAAACUGUCCUCACCUGUAAAGUAUCAAACGUAAGAGUGUUUUGUGUAAGAGAGAUGACGAGAGACCAGAUGGAAAACCUGUAUUUGAAUGUAUAGUAGAAGAGUAGUGGGCACUAUUAGUUAGAUAUUGAUUUUUAUGGUUUUAUAUUUUUCAGAACAAUUUGUGGAUUUAUACAAGCAUGCACUGGGAUGUACUUGCAAUAAAUUAUUUAUAAUA